GGCAUUUCACCUGAUAUGAUGAAGCUAAUUAUCGAGUAUGCCUACACUAGGACAGUUCCAGUCACUGCUGACAAUGUGGAGAGGUUGCUUGCUGCAGCCGACCAGUUCAACAUCAUGGGCAUUGUCAGGGGGUGCUGUGAAUUCUUAAAAUCUCAGCUGUGCUUGGAAAAUUGCAUUGGCAUCUGCAAGUUCACAGAGUACUACCACUGCCCUGACUUGCGGCAAACUGCCUACAUGUUCAUCCUGCACAACUUUGAGGAGAUGGUAAAGGUGUCUAAUGAGUUUCUAGAGCUCUCGGUCAAUGAGUUUAAAGACAUCAUUGAGAAGGAUGAACUCAAUGUGAAACAGGAAGAUGCAGUGUUUGAGGCCAUUCUGAAAUGGAUUUCCCAUGAUCCUCAAAAUAGGAAGCAGUACAUUUCAGUCUUGCUACCAAAGGUUCGCCUGGCAUUGAUGCACGCUGAGUAUUUCAUGAAUAACGUUAAAAUGCAUGAUUAUGUGAAGGACAGCGAGGAGUGCAAGCCUGUCAUCAUAAAUGCACUAAAAGCCAUGUACGAUCUCAACAUGAAUGGCCCUUCUAGUUCUGAUUUCACCAACCCACUGACUAGGCCUCGCCUGCCUUAUGCAAUUUUGUUUGCUAUUGGUGGCUGGAGUGGGGGAAGCCCAACCAAUGCCAUUGAAACAUACGAUGCCCGCGCAGACAGAUGGGUGAAUGUCACGUGUCAGCAAGAAAGCCCCCGAGCAUACCAUGGCGCUGCUUAUUUAAAAGGGUAUGUCUAUAUCAUUGGAGGAUUUGACAGUGUGGAUUAUUUUAACAGCGUCAAACGGUUUGACCCACUUAAGAAAACGUGGCAUCAGGUUGCUCCCAUGCACUCGAGACGAUGCUAUGUCAGUGUCACCGUCCUCAACAACUUCAUCUACGCCAUGGGAGGGUUCGAUGGCUAUGUGCGUCUCAACACAGCAGAACGGUAUGAACCAGAGACAAACCAGUGGACGUUGAUUGCACCCAUGCAUGAACAGAGAAGUGAUGCUAGUGCGACCACGCUGUAUGGAAAGGUAUACAUAUGCGGUGGGUUCAAUGGCAAUGAAUGCCUAUUUACAGCUGAAGCGUAUGAUGCUAAGACAAAUCAGUGGACUCUCACAGCACCAAUGAGAAGCAGAAGAAGUGGAAUAGGAGUGAUUGCUUAUGGAGAACACGUGUACGCGGUAGGUGGCUUUGACGGAGCCAACCGUCUUCGGAGCGCAGAAGCCUACAAUCCAAUUGCUAACACAUGGCGUACAAUUCCCACCAUGUUUAAUCCCCGUAGUAACUUUGGCAUUGAGGUGGUGGAUGACCUUCUGUUCGUGGUUGGUGGCUUUAAUGGUUUCACUACCACAUUCAAUGUCGAAUGCUAUGAUGAAAAGACUGAUGAGUGGUACGAUGCCCAUGACAUGAGUAUAUACCGUAGUGCUUUGAGCUGCUGCGUGGUGCCAGGAUUGCCUAAUGUUGGGGAGUAUGCUGCCAGAAGAGAAAACUACGCAGGAUCAUCACGAGACGAAGUUAAGUACUCUUCUUCGACAAGUACCCUACCAGUAUAAAUAGCUCCACUUAGCGAAUAAAGCCUUCUAAGCACGAAGUGUAUGUAUCUACUUAUUUUAAAAUAAAAGUAAUGGGAUACAGAGUUCACAGAAAUAGUGCUGAAAAAGUGUUUCAUUCUAUGAACCAAAAAGGUCUAAUUUACAAACACAGGCUACAGCCUUAAAUAUCACUGUUAGAAAAAAAAAACAAAACCACACUACUAAACAGUGAUAAAGAAAUAAAAGGUUUAUUUUGUACUUUAUUACAACAAAACAUUAGUACGGUAUAUUUAGCGUGAACUUUAUUACAAGGUCUUUUGUUUCAAGCAGUCCUAUACAAACACUACUUUACGUUACUGGAAAGGAUGUCAUUCUUCCCAGUACAGGAGGUACUGCUUAUCCAAGCAACUAGCUGAAACCUCCAGCAAAACUGAUAGAAAAGUACAGCUGCCUGCAAGUCUUGUGAUCCACAGUGACAUGGAUCCACUAAGGAAUCUGACUGUUAACCAUCUUCAAACAUCUAGCAAUUUCUACCAUUUAAAUUCAUGUUACAGAUAAGAUUACAUUAUCAGAAGUGCCUGUAUUAAGAGACUUCCACAAACUCAUAACAUUUGAAAAAUGAUUGUGUUCUAGCAUAUUGAAGGCGCCUGAAAAUAAAACUAAGUCACACAAUGCUCAUUUUAACUGGGUCCUUUGCAAAUCAUUCUGAUGGUAGAAGACAUUACUACAGUUUCUGGUUAAAAGGCUCUUAGAUUUUGUUAAUCUGCAAUCUUUGCUCAAACACAGACUGACACAAUCAUGUUCCUGUUUGCCAUUCGCUAUAGUGGAAAAAAUGAAAUGGGGAUAACAAUAAGCAGUUGUAGUAUCUUAAUCGAUCCCCAUUCAGAAGGUUCUGAAUAGCUAUUAAGAAAGAUGGUAUGCAUUCUAAAUUUUGGAGUAGUUUUUCAUGCACUCGUUUGAGCAGAAGUUUUGUUAAAAAUACAUAUAAAAUAGCUUAUUAAAGAGGCUACUCGGGUUGUUAUAAAAUAUUGUGUAUGCACAUGGCACCUAGAGAUGAUUAUAUAUAUUGUCAGUGUAGUGCUGGUCAGAGAUUUACCCUACUUCACUAGCAGUAUGAACACAAAGAUAGGACAGGACAGGACAUGCAUUUCAUGGCACAUUUAUGACAGCUAAAAAUGUAUGAUUGUCUGAACACAUGGGAGUCUGACCCUUCCUUCCACUGUUUUUCUCUUUUUCUUGCAUUAAGAAUUCAGUUGAGUUUUGCUUCUUCAACACAGACGUAGGACUUGUCAGAAGUUAACCAGCCACUAACCAUAGCAGAGCAGUCCCCAGACUUUUCUUAUAGGAACACUUCACAUGUACCACCAUGCUGCACUAAUCAAAGGCUACAAGGAGCUUGUUAAAUGGUUGACAGGUUAGUGGACUAAGCUACAUCCAGUCAAUACACAUUUAAGUUUUUCAAACAUCUACAUGGUGAAAAUGGGUAGUUAGGCCUUUUGGUUAAAGGUAACGUGCAAUAAAAAUUGGUCCACUUAAAACCAAGGUAAAGAAACCUAUUUAAAAAGGAAGAAUUCCCUGGGAAUUGGCAUAGCAAAAGCUAGAGUGAAGCUGACUGUGCACUGUUGUAUCCACCACUCACCAUGCAAACUGAACACACAAGGAGGUAAGAUAAAGUGCAUCAUUUACAUAACUGACCAUGGCUGACUUUCACAAGUUAAACCACCCUAUCAUUAUUUUCAGAUCUUCUUUUAAGAACAAUGCCUCUAGCAAAAUGGUAAAACGAUACAAACCCCAAAAGUUAUUUCAUUAAAAGUAAAAAUAUUUAAACUUUAAAUUUUACCCAAAAAUAUUGCAACAGGUUGACUUCUUCAUCCUUUAACCUGGAUGAACCUGCAGUGAUAUGCAAUCAAGUAUUUAGCUCAGAUUCAAAUUAAAAUGAUAUUACUGAAUUUCUUAUUCCCCAAAUGCCUUAUUAAUUCUGUGGAGCCCCCAUUAAUUAGCAUCUUACCAAAUAAGUCUGUGCAGUUUCCCAAACCUACCACUUCUGAAUGUCAGCCUUAAAACACCUGAAUAAGCUAACUAGUUCCUCUUUUAAACAAGCUAGCCCAGCCUUGCAAAACUCUACUUGCUUUUGAAGAGUAGCUUGACAGCCAAAUGAAAUAACACGGUAACAGCAGGUGACUAGAUGGGGUCUGGGCUAUUACAUUUUCGUGAAGAUUUUUACAAGACUGGACCAUUCUGAAUAUUAUACCAAGGCAAGUUAUCUGUACAAAAAUGUCCAUGUGGUUUGCAAGAUGAAAUAUUAGGGGACAUAAGCAAGUCAGAAAAAACUAUGCACAUCAUGCAGUUGAAACACUUACCCAACGUUUCAGAUAUGACCUAGGUUGCCUGCUGAAUUGGAAAAUGAGAUACAUCAGUUGAGAACGUUAAACAAUUUAAGAAGGCCAAAACGUUUACAAGUGCUUUCUACAGCAGCUGCCCACAUUUAAGACACUAGCAACACCAGCACAAACAGAAGUCUGUAAGAAUCUUUUUUUCCAGCAAUGUUAGUCUAUGCAAGCUUUUAGAACACCCUGGUUUACCCCUACCUUUCCCUUCCCUAAGAUCCUGAGUUAGACUGAAAGCAGAAAACUGGAACAGUCAAAUAAAGGGAAGGACUGGGAAGAAGAUGAAGUAAGAAGAAAGCACAGAACCCACAAGUAAUAAAUUGAGAAGCUUUCUGGAGUUCUUCAGAGAAGGGGAAUGGAGUGCCCAAUGGAACAGCUAUUUAUUGGCAGCUUUAUCCCCCUGGAACAGUGCUACUUUCCUUAGAGCACGUUAUGGGCACCAAUUUAUGUAAAAUCAAUUCAGAACUUCAAAAAAAUAUUAAAUACCCUUAUUUCACCACAAGCAGCUAUAUGCUGCAAUACAAUAUGCAGGAAAAUUGCUGAAAGCUUCCCAUCAGCAUUUACACAUUAAGAACCACUGUUCUACAUCAACAGAAAACAUAAAUGCUAAUUUGUGAAGAAACGGUGUGGCAUGGCUAGUUUAAACUUAAAGGGAGAAUAUCUUGAAGGCAAAGGAGUACUGAUUGUCAAAGGCAGGCUGGAUACAGGUUCACAUUUUUUUAAAUGUUGACUAGAAUUAAGUGUGUGCUAUGUUUGGAAAAAAAGUUUCAAGCAGCUAGUCUUUAAUAUAGUGCUGUGAAAUAAUUCUGCUCUAAGUAACUCCCAAUUUCCACAGAGAUUUCAGAAGUGGACAGUUAGCCUGAACUGUUGAACAUUUUACUGUUUUCAUUCAUUUAUUCAGGCUGAUUGUUUGCUCAAGUUUCUAAUGAAUCUGCUUAAAGACCCAAAAAACAGAGGCAUCUCCAGAUAACACCUGGAAUGAUUUUACUGCCUCAUAUUUCCUGUUUUAACAAGUUUCUGAUCUACCAAUCAUCUCCAAGUAAGCUCUGUAGCAUUUCUACAAUAUACAGAUAUAAAAUACUUAAUACAUAUAGAAACAUCCUGAUAUCAUUUUAUAAAGAAAGAUUGUGCUUUAAAUUUUAUAUGCAAGUAUUCCUAAACUAUUGCACAUGCCUCCAACUUUGGAGAACUAAGUGCAUAGAAACCAACUGUAUGUGAAGGUUAGCUGCUCAUGAAAGAAUGUAAAGGAAUACCAAUAAUGUAAGUGCAAAUAAAAUUAGUGCUUCAAGCACACAUCCAAAUGAAAUUUUUAAAUCUUUUACCCAAAC